CAUUGGUAACAAGGAGAAAGAGAUCCCUGUGUUGAACAUGUUUCCUGUUGCUGCCGUGGCUCGUUACAUCAGGGUCAACCCUCGUUCCUGGUUCAACCGUGGCAGCAUCUGUAUGAGAGUGGAGAUCCUGGGAUGUCCCAUGCCAGACUCACAGAACUAUUACCACAGACGGAACGAGAUCACAACCACAGACAACCUGGACUUCAGACAUCACAGCUACAAAGAGAUGAGGCAUCUGAUGAAGGUAGUUAAUGAGAUGUGCCCCAACAUCACAAGGAUCUAUAACAUCGGCAAGAGCCACAGCGGACAGAAACUCUACGCCAUUGAGAUCUCAGACAACCCUGGAGAGCAUGAACCAGGUGAACCAGAGUUCCGCUACACGGCCGGUUCCCAUGGUAACGAGGUGCUGGGCCGAGAGCUGCUCCUGCUGCUGAUGCAGUUCAUGUGUCAGGAGUACCUGUCGGGUAGCCCACGGAUACGUCACCUGGUGCACGAGACCAGGAUACACCUGCUCCCCUCCGUCAACCCCGACGGGUACGACAAAGCCCUUGAAGUGGGUUCAGAGCUGAGUGGCUGGUCCCUGGGUCGGUGGAGUCAGGACGGAGUAGACAUCCACCAUAACUUCCCUGACCUCAACUCCAUCCUGUGGGAGGCUGAAACAAAGAAAUGGAUCCCCAGGAAGAUGCUCAACCACCAUGUGCCCAUUCCCGAAUGGUAUCAGUCCAAGAACUCCACGGUAGCAGCAGAGACGCGUGCGCUGGUCUCCUGGAUGGAGAAGAUCCCGUUCGUCCUGGGUGGUAACCUCCAGGGAGGGGAGUUGGUGGUGACCUUCCCCUACGACAGGACCCGUUCCCAGGGUGUAUCCAGGGAGCAGACCCCCACCCCAGACGACCACGUCUUCCGCUGGCUCGCCUUCUCCUACGCAUCCACCCACCGCCUGAUGACCGACGCCAGACGACGAGUCUGCCACACCGAGGACUUUGCCAAGGAAGAUGGCACCAUCAACGGGGCGUCCUGGCACACCGCGGCAGGGAGUAUGAACGACUUCAGCUACUUGCACACCAACUGCUUUGAGCUGUCGAUGUACGUGGGCUGUGACAAAUUCCCCCAUGAGAGUGAGCUGGCGGAGGAGUGGGAAAACAACCGGGAGUCCCUGCUCGUCUUCAUGGAGCAGGUGCAUCGUGGAAUCAAAGGCAUUGUCUGGGACAUGCAGGGGCGGGGCAUAGCCAACGCCACCAUCCAAGUGGAAGGGAUCGGCCAUGACAUCAGAACAGCGGCGGACGGGGACUACUGGAGGCUGUUGAACCCAGGAGAGUACAGCAUCACGGUGAGGGCCGAGGGCUACAGCGCCAGCAGUAAGGUGUGUGAGGUGGGCUAUGACGUCGGAGCGACCCGCUGUGACUUCACCGUCAGCCGCACCAACCUGUCACGCAUCAAGGAGAUCAUGGAGAGGUACAACAAGCAGCCCAUCAGGCAGCCUCUCAGGCCACCCGUCAGGCAGCUGCAAGCACGCAGGCCCGGCCCCCGACACAGACGUGUGAGGACAUCAUAGGGGCCCCCACCAGGGAGCGUUAGAGAGAACGAGUAGCCUGGUCCCGCACCUGAAUGCGCUGUCUUGCCAACACCUGUGGUCAUUGUUCUGCCAAUCUGCCAAUGACCAGAGGGUUUUACAGCACAAACUGAUCUGGGACAAGGCUAGGUGUGAAGAGAGCAAUGAGAGACAGACUCUAACAUCUCUCUCUCUAGUUCUGAUCCAACAUCUUCUUUGAUCGGAACUCCUUUCUCUGCUUUAGCCACGUCCAUCCUGAGUGUCUGUGGAAGUGCAGAUUGGAGACUGAUGGUAAAAGAUGAGAUAUUUUGAGUGAUAACGGCAUUUUUCUGUAUUAAAAACAAGGUGCUGUUCUUUCAACCAUGAAUUAAGCUCUCUGGUGCUGGUCUUACUGUAAAAUACGUGUCUUUUUGGGGGGGGGCGCGCGCAUCUUAAAAAAAGUUGCAAUGACUUCUCUACCAAAGAGUUGUUACAGUAUACAUGACUAACCUGAAAUGUCCAUGUUUUCCUUUGUGCCAUUAUUUGGUAAUGAAAGUGUCAGUCUAUAUUCCAUUAUUUGGUAAUGAAAGUGUCAGUCUAUAUUCCAUUAUUUGGUAAUGAAAGUGUCAGUCUAUAUUCCAUUAUUUGGUCAUGAAAGUGUCAGUCUAUAUUCCAUUAUUUGGUCAUGAAAGUGUCAGUCUAUAUUUUAAAUGAUGAAUUUUGACCAUGGAUAUUACCAUGUGUCUCUCUACUAACUCAUGCAGUACCAGUACCAUACCAGUACCAGUACCAGUACAGUACCAGUACCAGUACAGUACCAGUACAAUACCAGUACCAGUACAGUACCAGUACAAUACCAGUACAGUACCAGUACAGUACCAGUACCAGUACAAGUACAAGUACAGUACCAGUACCAGUACCAGUACAGUACCAGUA